AUGGAAAGAACAGCAAACACGACCAGAAACAUCAACAAUUUUCUUCUCCUGGCCUUCACAACUACUCGACCUAUCCAAGUGUUGUUGUUCAUUAUCUUUUUAUUUGCAUACAUAUUGACUCUUGUGCAGAACACACUAGUCAUUGUCAUAAUCUGGACAAGUUCAAGGUUACACAAACCCAUGUAUUUCUUUCUAGGACAUUUAUCCUUCUUGGAACUAUGGUAUAUUAAUGUUACUGUGCCUAAACUGCUCCUUAUAUUCCUGAUAGACAGCAGAUAUAUUUCACUUACUGGUUGUAUAUUUCAGCUUUACUUUUUCCUUUUUUUGGGUUGUACAGAGUGUGUUUUGUUGGCUGUUAUGGCAUUUGAUCGAUAUGUUGCCAUAUGUCAUCCAUUGCGCUACCUCACCAUCAUGACCAAGCAUCUCUGCCUGCUUCUGGCAUCUGGAUCCUGGGUAACUGGAUUCUGUAUAGCUUUCAUUAAGAUAUACUACAUAUCUUCUUUGAAUUUUUGCCAUUCUGGGCUAAUUAAUCACUUUUACUGUGAUAUUUCUCCAUUACUCAACCUGUCUUGUUCAGACAUGACGGUAGUUGAACUUAUAGAUUUCCUCCUUGCUUUGUUUAUUUUUCUCACCCCACUUUUGUUAAUAUGUUUUUCAUAUGUUUGCAUCCUGAUAACAAUACUACACAUAUCAACCUCAAUUGGACGCAAAAAGGCCUUUUCUACCUGUGCUUCACACUUAGUUGUGGUUCUUAUUUUUUAUGCUGCUGUUCUCUUCAUGUAUGCCAGGCCAAGCAGAGCUCAGUCACUCAACUUUAACAAAUUGGUAUCUGUGUUCUACACAGUGAUAACUCCCUUGCUCAAUCCAGUCAUCUACUGCUUGAGGAAUAAAGAUGUAAAGGAGGCUUUGCUAAGACUGGUGUAUUCAAAGACUGAUCAUACAAUGGUGGGAAAUAACUAG